AUGGCGAGAACGAGGUCCAAAGGCGGCGCAACCGCAUCGGCUGCCAAGUCCUCGAGCUCGGCCUCCACAACCUCCAGAUACACAUUGCCUGCUGCGAACGAAAACCCAGAAAAGCUGUUUGUGCUGCCAGAAAGGGCAUCGUCAGAAGCCCGCGUCGUCUCACUCCCGAACCCAAGGACUUCCAAGCCAGCGCGAUAUCUCGUGUGUCCAACAUCCGGCAUCUACGAGUUCACCAAGGUGUCCGCCCCGCGAACGAGCCCCAGGAGCUGGCUCCUUGAGGGAACCAGCACAGGCAAGGAUGGCGACAAGAAGACAACAGAGGCGCAAAUCACAAAGAGCGCCGAGCUCUACGUUGCCUCCUCCAUCGAUCCCGUGUUCCUCGUCCUCCCUGCUCUGGCGGCACAAGUGUCGACCAAGGCCGAUCCGCCCAAGCGCAUGUUCCUGUCCAGCGACGACCAUUUCGAGUCGCUCCCUCAAGAAGACUCUCACAUGUCAGAGAUACUGCGGUGGGAGGCGACGCGAAAGCUGCUGGAGGCCAGGAUGGCGGCUGCUUGCGACACCGUGGAGGCUGGGGACGAGUCGAUGUUCCGGUUGAACGAAGACAAACUCGUGGAGGUGGUCUUGGCCAAAGCCAAGCGAUUGAGCGAGGCUGGCUUGCCCAAGAGUCUGAGGGAGAAGUUUGUCACCAAGGCUCUGGAGGCCCCCGUCUCCAGCGUGAGGAGUACACAAGCCAAGCCGACACCAUCAGAACAAAGCAAUACCGAGAGCGGAGUCUCGACACCACAGAACGAGUCUGCUGAUUCACAAUCGUCCGUGUCCACGGUUGACACCGCCGCCAGCUCGAUAUCUGCAGCCUCCACGGCAGCAACUUCGGUCGCGGACGAGACCGAGGCGACGGCCAACGAAGUCACUACCGCCAUGCAAGCGUCACCCGAGAUCGUCAAUCUUCAGUCGCUCAAGAUCGCCUUCAACUUCAUCUGCUCUCGCUACGUCCCGCCGAUACUGGCGACGAUCCUGAAGGAGAAGCUGAGCAGCCAGAAGACCAUGGACAUGGCGCCCCUGGAAGAAUACACAACCAGGCUGGCUAAGCUGCGGCAAGAAGCCACGCUAGCACGUUCGGCGUCGGACUUCUCCAGGAAACGGAACCGCGACGAAGAGGAUGAAGAGCGUGCCGAGAAGCGGCGCAAGAAGGAAGAGGAGGAGAAGAGGAAGAAGGCCAACGAGAGCCGUGGUGUCAGAGACCUGAAAAAGGUCAAUGUGAGCGGCAUGAAGAAGAUGAGUGACUUCUUCAAAAAGAAGACAUGA